UAACUAUUUCCCCCUUUUUUUUUUUCCUAGGUCUUGAUGCAGAACUUUACUAUGUGAGAAAUGACCUUAUUAGUCACUAUGCUCUGUCCUUUAACCUGCUAGUGCCCAGUGAGACGAACUUCCUGCACUUCACUUGGCAUGCAAAGUCCAAGGUUGAAUAUAAGCUGGGAUUCCAAGUAGACAAUUUUGUGGCUAUGGGCAUGCCCCAGGUCAAUAUUUCUGCUCAAGGGGAAGUCCCACGCACUUUAUCAGUGUUUCGGGUUGAACUUUCCUGUACCGGCAAAGUCGACUCUGAAGUUAUGAUACUAAUGCAGCUCAACCUGACAGUAAAUUCUUCAAAAAACUUUACAGUUUUAAAUUUUAAACGAAGGAAAAUGUGCUACAAAAAACUUGAAGAAGUAAAAACUUCAGCCUUGGACAAAAACACUAGCAGAACUAUUUAUGAUCCUGUACAUGCAGCUCCAACUACUUCCACGCGUGUGUUUUAUAUCAGUGUAGGGGUUUGUUGUGCAGUAAUAUUUCUUGUAGCAAUAAUAUUAGCCGUUUUGCACCUUCAUAGUAUGAAAAGGAUUGAACUGGAUGACAGUAUCAGCGCCAGCAGUAGUUCCCAAGGGCUAUCUCAGCCAUCCACCCAGACGACUCAGUAUCUGAGAGCUGACACACCCAACAAUGCAACUCCUAUCACCAGCUCCUCAGGUUAUCCUACCUUGAGGAUAGAGAAGAACGACUUGCGGAGUGUCACUCUUUUAGAGGCCAAAGCCAAGGUGAAGGAUAUAGCCAUAUCCAGGGAAAGGAUAACACUGAAAGAUGUGCUUCAAGAAGGUACUUUUGGGCGUAUUUUCCAUGGGAUUUUAGUAGAUGAAAAAGACCCAAAUAAAGAAAAGCAAACAUUCGUAAAAACAGUUAAAGAUCAAGCAUCUGAAGUUCAAGUGACAAUGAUGCUAACGGAGAGCUGUAAGCUUCGAGGUCUCCAUCACAGAAACCUUCUUCCUAUUACUCAUGUUUGCAUAGAAGAAGGGGAAAAGCCCAUGGUGAUACUGCCGUACAUGAACUGGGGGAACCUUAAAUUGUUUCUACGGCAGUGCAAAUUAGUAGAAGCCAAUAAUCCUCAGGCAAUUUCCCAGCAAGAUUUGGUACACAUGGCUAUUCAGAUUGCCUGUGGAAUGAGCUACCUGGCAAGAAGGGAGGUGAUCCAUAAAGACCUGGCUGCUAGGAACUGUGUCAUCGACGACACUCUUCAAGUGAAAAUCACAGACAAUGCCCUUUCCAGAGACUUGUUUCCCAUGGACUACCACUGUUUAGGGGACAAUGAGAACAGACCAGUGCGAUGGAUGGCUCUGGAAAGUCUGGUUAACAAUGAAUUCUCUAGUGCUGGUGAUGUGUGGGCCUUUGGAGUGACACUGUGGGAGCUCAUGACUCUGGGCCAGACGCCCUACGUGGACAUCGACCCUUUUGAGAUGGCUGCUUACCUGAAAGAUGGCUACCGAAUAGCCCAGCCAAUCAACUGCCCUGAUGAAUUGUUUGCUGUGAUGGCCUGUUGCUGGGCCUUGGACCCAGAGGAGAGGCCUAAGUUUCAACAGCGGGUCCAGUGCCUGACAGAGUUCCAUGCCGCCUUGGGAGCCUACGUCUGACUUCUCUCCCAGCCCCACAGCCCGGAAGCAAGUGCCUGUUCCAGAUGCUUUACACGUAGCACAGAGCCUGCAGAAGCACGUUUGUCUCCCAGAACACCGUGCCUUAGGAAUGCUUUCAAACCUGAACUUCUAAAGACAGACUUAAUGUGGAGUAUUUUCUAGAUACCACUUUUAUUAGGUUGAACGGAAAGGGGUUUUGUAAAUUUUUUGGCCAAAAAAUUUUUUAAAAUAUAGUUACUUUGGACUAGGGGGUGCAUUCUUAAAAAAGAAAUAAACAGUUUUAAAAAUUGUUUAGACACAGA